GUUGACAUACAGAUAGAAGGGCACAUCGAAGAUUGGUGCACGUGGACUAAAGAGUUUACAUAGGGAAACUUUUAUUUUUCUACUAAAUUUGAUGGCGCCGAAACACAGAAAUAUAUCGUGUUCUAUUUGUGAUUCACUGAAUCCUUCUCCUGGUUGGAAAUCAAUGAUUUUAAAGAAGAAUUUGUAACUGAGUUUCUGUAUCAGCGAUGGAGUGAAUUAGAUGGGGACGGCUCACAUCUUCCUGCUGUCAGUGUUAAUGUGUUAUGCAGGGGCGCCGUCUACCAGAUCGGGGCUAGUUUUAUCAAGAAACAAGAGGAACGUUAAGAGCCGUGCUGAGCUCCGAUCAUGCGCGCGACACAACUGUAGCAACAUCGCCUGCUCAAAUAUAGACGGCUGGCAUCUGUACGGAUCAGACUGGGGCUGUUGUGGUAACUAUGACGGCUGCUGCACGUGGGCGUCCGUCAUCUGUUACGCGCAUGACGUCAUAUGUCAAUGUUGUGACUAUGGAUGGUGGUGUGGGCCGGACUGCAGACGGGAACCGGAGUGUUUUCGUCCCGGCCGGAAAAUCCCAAACCGAUAUGGAGGUCUGGAUCCUAGUUUUGUGAACCAAAUUCCACAGAAGGAAUAUUUCAGAAAUACGAACGGGGUUGAGCAGGCAGGACGAAAUAACACUUGGCAAAGUAACAGGAUUCCAAACGGAAACGUAACUAAUAAACUUUACAAGGAGCGAACGUCGAAUGAAAGUGAAAGUGGUACUAACGGAGAAAAUUUAUCGGAGACUGUUGGAGAAUUAGCGAGAAACGAAGGUGAAAACAUUCAAAAUAUCACGCAGGAAUUUAACUUUUUAAAUGUUUCAAGUGAUGAAUUGAACUAUUCUUCUUUUGUUAAAAACGUCGAGACGGGAGAAGAUAGUCAAACCGAAAAUGUCACACAAGACGCCAUUAACAAAACCAGUGAGUUGAAUCAACAUGAGAGAAACUUGUCAGACAAAGCAAACCGCAUAACAAACCAACACAGCAGUUCUUCAGAAACAAAAGAAAACAAAGACGAAACUUACAAUAGUACAAACCAGACAAGCAAUAUGACAAAUUUCUCCGGAGAGGACGGCGAAUUUAACUCAACAGGUACGUUUGACGAUAGCAGAGCGGACAGCCAACCCGGCGAAGGAGAGACGGGCGAGCCUGGAAACUCGGAUGAACUACUUCAAAAUGAUAUACCUGUGGCCAGGACGUCUUCAGACGAUUCCGUACAGGACAGCCUUGAGGAGGACGGUAGUGGCCAGCUGUGACUUCGGUACCGGUGUACCUUAUUAAUGUAUUAGUUCACGUUUAAUUGUGUAGUGUUUAAAAGAUAUAAUGAAAUAUUUACAAAUGCUUCACAAAUCAGUCUCUAUGAUUAUUAAAA